AUGUUGACACUGAGAUGGGAAGCUGUUAAUGUACAGGGUCAUAAACCGCACACAAGGAGUCUUCACACCUUGUGUGCACAUCAUAGCAAGGACAUUUAUUUAUUUGGGGGUUCAAAUGAUGUGGCAAAAGUUACAACACCGUUUGACGACAUAUACAAGCUUAGUUUGACUAAACUGAAAUGGAAGAAACUUCAAUGUUCCGGUGAAGGACCUGACAGAAGACACGGGCAUACUGCUGUGAUGAUUUACGGACAGCUCAUAAUUUUCGGCGGAAUGGAUGACCAGAAGGAUUUUGAUGAUGUUUGCAUAUUGCAGACACGUGCUGCCUUGAAGCACAUCCCCCAAGAAAUGACAGAAACAGACGUACUGUCGUCAUCUCUGUCCAGUGGCGGUAGUGAUAUGUUAGGCCCCCUGACAUCUUACGAUUUGUCGAUACAAGUUCCUGCACCGUACAGACCUGUUAUUCCUGCUGUUACCGAGCCUGCUAAACCCCCUGAGUUUGAUGAUGUGAAAGCGUCGUUCACCAAACGAGUUGAAGAGAUUUUUGAAGAUCUUUCAAACAAGUAUGCGGAGGUUCAAACACAGAGGGAAGCGUUGAAGAACGCGGUGGAAGCUUUCCAAGAAGAAAGGACAUCACAUAUUGAGUUGUAUGAGAAACAACAGAAGGAGCUGGAGGACAUGAUAAACAAACACAGAGUAGAAAAUGAGGAAUGGAUAAACGCACGGAAACAAGAACUUGAGGAGGAAAGACAUAGAUUAGAAUUGGAAAAGGGUCAAUUGGUUGAAGAAAGGGAAAGACUUCGAAAGGAAAAGAUAGAAUUUGGCGAAAAAAUUGAAGCUAUCGAAAAGCUCGGUGGUGGAGCCAACCAUCUAUUGAAUGGAGUUAGCUAAACACAGAAUCAUUCAAUAAUACAUUGGAGCGCUUUUCGACUGACUGUCGUAAAACCGAAACCAUAAUAAUCACAACGACCAAUCAGAAGAAAGGAAAAUACCUUAAAGAGCCAAUGAGAACUCAGAGUACAACCGACAAAACUUUCUAACGCGCGGGAAAACGCGGGCGACGAAGUCGUGACUGGUAUCAGUUUUGCUUUUGAUUGGUUGAGAGAAUGGCGCAAAUUUGCGGGACCAAUCAAAACGAAUAAAAAAAACGACAACAACAAACAAUCACGGAUCACUUUCCGACCCUUGAUUGGAAUUUGCAUCUAGACUAUCAACGAAAUUAACUAAGUAGAGAAUUCCACCAAGUGAAUCGAAACACCUCACAGAAAAGCACUUCAAUGACGCUUUACAUGUAAUAAAGCACAAAUAUUUGUUUAUAAUGAGUAGUGUCCGUAUUUCUUCAGCGGAGUAUAUUCUUUGCCCUACCCAAACAUAAUUCACCGGGGCGUUAUUGCCAGUGAGAUUUAUAAACGGGACUACAGUUUAUCCCCACCAUUCCGGUCCUCAUUAAAACAGUGAUACCCCUCCUUGAUUCAUUUUGCCCUCUUAGUUACUUCCACCCCACCCCAGGGUGUUGUUAAGGAAGCCCCCCUGUCUCAGUGACUGAAUCUUUUCUAGCGCAAGAUACUCCACUGAUCAGUCGCCAUCGCCGAACGAAUUCGAGCCCGCUGAUACAAAUUGCUAGACAUCA